ACGAAAGGCCAAACUCGUAAAGCAGCAGAAAUAACCCUGGACGCUGGAACCAGCAAACUCGCGGUCAGUCGUGUUGUGCGUCUCACAGUGCUUACUAGUGACAUCAAACAUGGUUCUGGACACAGAAGACUGGGCUGAUGAGCUCCCGCCGGAACAAAUCGCUGUACUGCGCAAAGCUUUCGAUGGCUUCGACCACAACCGCUCGGGCAGUAUUCCGUGUGACUUCGUAGCUGACAUCCUUCGAAUGAUGGGACAGCCUUUCAACAAGAAGAUCCUCGAGGAACUCAUUGAAGAAGUUGACGCUGACAAGUCCGGUCGCCUUGAAUUCCCUGAAUUCGUAACACUCGCUGCCAAAUUCAUCGUUGAAGAAGAUGCUGAAGCUAUGCAAAAGGAACUGAGAGAAGCAUUCAGAUUAUAUGACAAAGAAGGCAAUGGUUACAUUCCCACGUCGAGCUUGCGUGAAAUCCUUCGCGAGUUAGACGAGCAGCUGACGGACGAUGAACUCGAUGGUCUCAUCCAAGAAAUUGACACGGACGGCAGCGGCACUGUUGACUUCGAUGAGUUCAUGGAGAUGAUGACUGGGGAAUAAUUAAAUUUAUCUCAAUGCUUUUAUACUUUAAUAUGAUUUAAUUUUAAGUUUAAUUUCAUACAUUUUCAUACUACAAUCUUUCGAGUCUUGGAAUUGUUGAACUUAUUAAAACAUACGCAGUAAUCAAGUAAACUAAAGUAUUGUGUAUGUAUUGUAAAAAAUAAUCCCUUGUACUCGUUCUAUUGAUGCAUGUGGCUGAGAAAUAAUUAUAUAAACUUUAUUAAUAAAUCUUUUACUACACUA